AUAUAUUUGAAGAAUUGAAUACAUCUAUGUUAUGUGAAUAUGUAUGUGCUCCUAAGUCCUAUGUGACUCCAUCGCCUGAUGGAUCAAUUUUUAUCUUCUCUUGGUUUCUAUCAAUCCAAUAAUAUGGAUGGUGUAAGCUUCUUUUUUUUCCUCGUAUUAUCGAGACAAAAAAAUUACACUAGAGUCACCUGGCCGCACGCAAUCAGAAAAAAAAAAUUAUGUUAUUUUGUUGGUUUGGUUUAGUAAUUAAGAUUCCAUCAGAUAUUUUCCUUUUCUUAAACAUUUCCAUGAGAUCUGUCCAAAUAAUGCACGUGUCGAAUUCGUUGGUUGCCUGCAGCUGGAUCGAGAAGGUAGGGCCCAUCCUCCACCAGGACCCGAACAAAAGCCUAUUCUCUUCCUUCCCAGUCUUCAGUGGCCCACUGGACCCACCAGGUGGGCCUGCCGUCGGCAUUCACACCUGCCCUGAGUUCCUCCAACAUCUUCAUUGACUAUUUUGCUCCCCGGUUCAGCUUGCCCACUAAGCAACAUUACUCACCCGGCCGGCCGGCACCCACCCAAAUUCGCUUUCCUCCUCUUUAUAAAACCCAAGCAAUCCCUUCUCCUUUUGCAGUCACUUCAAGCAAGAAGCAACUCCUCCUCAAAAAAACCCCAUCCCCUUCCCUUCUCCAGUUUCAGCUAGCUGCUCCCCUGUUUUACUGAUUCAACCACCCAAACGGGAAGUUCGAAUUCGCUAGGCGGAAAUGGAAUUCGGGUCUUCUAGAAAGCAAGAGCGGACGUUCCCACCGAGGAGGGGACAGAUCAAGAUAAGGAUCAUCAAGAGUCUCAUCAGUUCGGCGGCGUCGAUUGCGUCUCCCGGCGGCGGAAAGAAGCAGAGGAGCGGCGGUGAGCUGUGUAGCACCUCCUCCUUCUCCUCCUCCUCCGCAGCUACUGCUACUCCGCCGGAUUCCCCCACUGGGUAUCUGUCGGAUUCCUGAUCCAUGCCUGCCGGAGAUUCCACCACUUCUCCUCCAUCUGGGUUUUUCUUGUACAGUGAUUCUAAUGAUUCCUGGGAUUUAGCCCCCCUCCUUAAACCUUCUUUGUACUCUGGCCCUGCUCCAGAUUUUCCGCUCCGAGCUUUCAGUCUGUAUUCUGAACUUGGUUAUUGGAAUUGAGAUUAUAAGAAGGAUCUGUAAUUUUGUCAUGUAAAAUAUGGGGUUAAGUUAAUUUGAAGUACGCUGUUCUUCGUUCGCUCCAUCUUUUCUGGAAAACUUAGAAGCAUCUCCUCUGUUUUCUUAAAACAGCUUCCCCUGCUUAUUUGUUGUUUUUACUGCGAUGGUAAGAGGUGUGAUUGAAAUGAAGAAAUGUGACGGGA